GAAUAAAUUUUAUAUUAUAACUAUAAAAAUAAUAUAAAAUAAUUAUAAAUAAUAAUUUAACGUGAUUCCAGUAUACGCGCACACAGUAGCGUAGAUAUAACAUGAAAUUGAUAUUAUUAAAAAAAAAAAAUUACCGUAGAUGGUGCGGCGACACACUUGCGGAUCGGUGCCCCAACGUAAAUAACAGAAGCUUUGAUUUUGCCGCUGAAUCGCCAAUGGCCACACACAUGCCCUCCUCUUCCCCAAACAAACGUCUCAAAACCCUAUCCCCAAUUUCCCAAUCCCCCAUCCGAAAAGGCAAAUCCAUAGCCGAAGAGGAACCGCCGCCGCCGGUCGCCCAAGAUGAAGCUGCCGAUUGCUGCGGGAUUUGCUUGUCGGAAGCUGGAGUCAGCAGAGGCCACAUUGAAUGCUGCGACCAUUACUACUGCUUCGUCUGCAUCAUGGAGUGGGCCAAGGUUGAGUCCAAAUGCCCUCUCUGCAAGCGCCGCUUCUCCACCAUCACCCGCCCCCCUAAGCCGCCCGUUUUCCCAUCCGAGCGCGUCGUUCACGUCCCUCUCCGCGAUCAGGCUUGUCAUUAUUUUGGAACUGCGACAAAUGGCCAUUCAGAUAUGUAUGCAGAAGCUAAAUGUGCCAUAUGUCAGGGCAUGGCAGAUGAAAGCUUCCUGCUCUUGUGCGAUCUCUGUGACUCUGCUGCUCAUACUUACUGUGUUGGCCUAGGUUACACGGUUCCGGAAGGUGAUUGGUUUUGUCUGGAUUGCACGCUUUUGAGGGAUGAACACUUGAAGAGUGAAUCGAGUAUUGAUUCUGAUGUUCAAACGAGUUUGUCUUCUGUUGACAAAAUAUCUACAAGUGAACACAUUUCCAUUUUGGAUAUCGUGCAAGAAUCUCGUGGUCGUGCGGUUCAGAGUUCAGGAAGUGCCUCAUUAGAUCGGUGUUAUUCGACACUUCCUAAUUCUACUGAUGAAGUUGUUACGAAAAAAGAGAUUAAGCGAUCAAGUUCAACAAGCCCAGAAGUUACUGCACAGCACCCAAUGAAGUUGAAUGCCAGAACUUUACAACAUUGUCGCAAUCUUCAAGAUCGCAUACGUAUAUUACGUCAAAACUGGAAUGGAUUUCGAAGUGGUGUUUUUCAAUUUUCUUCCAAUCGAGGAAAGGGUAGCAUUUCCCAGAAUUCUGUGACUUACAGAAGUGGAGACUAUUCAGUAUCUUGCUUAAAUCAGCAAUCAAUAGCUCAGUGCAGUUCUUCUGAUGUAAAGAAUGACGCAAGAGACCAUGAGAUACAAAAAGCCUGGAAGAUGUUUGAUAAAGCAAAGUCCAUUAGACCAGACCAUGUACGGUCCUAUGUUGUGCGUCCGGCCUCAAAAUUCCCAACAAGAAAACCGAACCCCAAUAAAAGUGCUAAUUGUGUGAGCAAUAUGCAAGUAUCAGUAGAUAGCCAACAGAAUAGAGCGAAGAAGGUUGAAAGUAUGGGAGCAGUAGACCACAAUCGUUCUGAUAAAAAUUGCUAUGAACAACCAUCUUCAUCUUCUGGAAAAGGGAUGCCGAAAUUGCAUGUGGUUCAGGAAGUUACCUAUAGCUGUGACGAUUCAACAGUUGGUCAUUCACCAGCACACCAAGAAUUGAGAUCUUCUAAGGAGACUCCCUCACAUCUGCACAGUGCAUUAGCAAGAAGCAUGAAACUACCAGCUGCAGAAACAUUCAAAAGACCACAUUGCGUCGGGUCAGAUGCAUCAGGACCAGUUGUUCCAAAUACUGAUCAGGUUAACAGGGUCAAUCAUGCGUCUUCAUCCCAUAGCAAGGUAAAACAUGCUAAGGAGAAGAGGGAGUCGGACAAAAUUUAUGUUGACAGCCAGCAAUAUAAUGCUGCCAAGAGCGAGAUUCAAUCCCUCGUGAAGCUCAACUUAAAGCUUCAAACUAAAGAGAAACUAGGUGUGGAUGCAUUUAAAGAUAUCGCGAGACUUUCCACUCAUUCUAUAUUAGCUGGGUGUGGUUUGGAGCAUCCACGGCCUGGUUUGCCUUUGAUUCCAGGUAUCGUAUGCUCCCAUCACAAUAACAUCGGGAUCGGGCAGCAUCAGAAAUCUAGUUUAAUGCCUUGUUCUUGCCGAGAAUGUUUUUAUGUAUAUGUCAAGGAUGUUGUCAAUAGUGUUGUGUUGCAGAAGAAGAAAAUAGCUCAGAAACUUCCAUGAUAUGUUCAGGUUUGUAAUAAUGGAUUACUAGUCAGAUGUCAUUCUUGUGAAGCAGCUGCAGUUUAAUACAUAGAUAAUAAUAUAUGAUUAAUUAUAGUUUUGAACUUUCAA